UGGUCCUCGCCGAGAUAUUCUCUUCGUUGGCGGCCUCUUACAGUUGUCAGUGCAGCAAAUAUAUUGAAUGAAUGUUGAUUCUUGCAGUGGAAAAAAAAAUAAUUCACCGCUUUUCUUGCGUACAAUUUUUGCGUACACACAUUCCAAUCACUUUAACACUUUUUUUAUCGACACUUGCUAUUCCUUGAUCGAAUUUAAAUCGUUUGUACUAUCAUCGUGGAUAUUUACGGAGUGCGGCGAAAAACUUUUUUCGCAUUUGUAGUGUGAAAUAUAUAUAAAGGAAUUUAUCUCAUCUCUAUGCAAUGGUAUUUGCAGGGGUAAUAAUGGUAGAGUCUGUGAAGCAUUCGGAUGUGAAAAUAUAAUAAUUAUCUUUGGGAGAUAAAAAAAAAGAUUGCGUAAACUCGUAAAAGAUAAUUAUCUAUAAAGAUGACCACAGUGAUUGAUCGACGAGUGACCAAGCGCUGCUUCACAAUGAGGUGUAUGUUAUUAGUGAUGAUUUCGGCGAUUAUGCGAUUCUCGGUGAUUAAAGGAGAUGGACCAGGGGACAAAGCCGUUGUGACGUCCACCAUCAGUGAAGUGGCAAUGCGGCAGAUCCCAUUGGGAGAGCCUUCUGAAUACGAUAUCAAAACUGCAUUGUCAGGUAUCGACCUUGUUGGCUUGGGACUGCCCACCAUUUUAUACACCGCAGUGGUUCGAGGGAAGGUUGCCUUGCCAUGCGACAUAUCUCCACCCUCCGCAGACGAUUCCGUAGUGCUCAUUCUAUGGUAUAAAGGUGAGGAUCCAGCGCCCAUUUACACGCUGGAUGCUCGAAGAGGAACUGUGGAACAGGCCCGACAAUCUGCCAGUGCUCAUCUGGAAAACAGGGCUUAUUUCAACAUGAUCAAUCGUCCAGCAUUCCUGCAGCUAGAUCCGGUGCAGGAAGAAGAUGCCGGAGAAUACAGAUGCAGGGUGGAUUUCCGGAAAGCUAGAACUGUGAAUACUGUCAUCACUUUGAAAGUUAUAGUUCCACCGGGAGAACCUGCUAUCUUAGAUGAAGAAGGUGUGCAAGUGAAAGGUUUAAUAGGGCCUUACAACGAAGGGGAUUCCUUAUUGCUCGUCUGUGAAGCAAUUGGAGGGAAACCUCGUCCAACGGUCACGUGGUGGAGAGAAUACUCUCUUCUGGAUGAUACUUACAUGUUCAUACCCGGUGAUAAUUUGGUCAGAAAUGAGCUGAAGAUUGCUGAGUUGAAGCGGCAUGAUUUACUGGCCGUGUUGACUUGCCAAGCAUCAAACAACAAUAUAACCGUUCCUGCGUCUACAGCAGUUACGCUUGAUUUGAACCUGAAACCGGUGGACGUACGGAUAGAUCCCACUCGUCAACCACUGAGUGCAGGACAAGAAUACGAGUUCACAUGCAUGGCAGCUGGCUCUAGACCUCCUGCUGUCAUCACGUGGUGGAAGGGCAACAAACAGCUUAAGAAUCCCGAUGACAAAUCAACGCAAGCAGGAGAUGUCACCACAAGCUUCUUCCGGUUCACUCCUUCAGUUCAGGACAACAAUGUGCACUUCUCCUGUCGAGCUCACAAUCCUGUGAUCCCGGGUAGUGCAGAAUCGGAUGGAUGGACUCUAGAAAUACAUUAUGUGCCGCACGUUUCACUCCAACUCGGCAGUACCUUCAAGAAAGGCGAAAUCCAGGAAGGUAAUGAUGUGUAUUUUGAAUGCAAUAUCCAUGCCAAUCCAUGGGUAACAGAGGUCAGCUGGUACUUCAAAGGCCAAGAGCUUCGAACCAACACGUCAGCUGGGAUCGUAAUCAGCAAUCAGUCAUUGGUACUGCAAAAAGUGCAAAGAACUAACAGAGGUCUCUAUUACUGCAUGGCUACCAAUGCUGAGGGAACCGGCAGGAGUAAUGAAGUAUUUCUGAGGAUAAGAUACGCACCAGAAUGCAAGCCAAAUCAAAAGAAAAUCUAUGGCGUUGCAUUAUUCGAAACUGUCGGAAUUACAUGUGAGCUAGACGCUGAUCCAGACAAUAUUACUUUCCGGUGGAGGUUCAACAGUUCUGGGAAGAGCUUAGACAUCACGAAUUUUCAGACAACAGGAACAAAAAGCAUUGCGAACUACAGACCUCUUUCGGAUGAUGACUAUGGCUCCGUUAUUUGUUGGGCUAGUAAUGACGUAGGCCGUCAGAGGGAGCCCUGCGUAUUCACUGUUAUCCCAGCAGGUCCUCCUGAGAAAUUGCAGAACUGCAGCGUGGUGAAUUAUACAGAGGAUUCUCUGCAAGUCGAAUGCCUUGAAGGUUACAAUGGAGGACUCGUUCAGAUAUUUCAACUUGAGGUUUACGAUGACACCGGAAGGAAACUGCACGGUAACUUCACCUCGGUUCAACCUCAGUUCUACGUGUCUGGGUUACCAAGUGGCAAAACUUUACGCUUGGUGAUCUUUGCCAAGAAUAGCAAAGGGAAGAGCGCGCCUGUAGUAUUGACAGCGACCACGUUACAAAAGCCGGAAAAACUGACAGGUAUGGAAGGGAUGAUUAUGUUUAGACCAGUUCUAGGCCUACUUAUUGGAAUAGUCAUUGCUCUAAUAGUGGUAGCAAUCGUUAUCAUAAUAUACCUCAAAAUGAAGAGACGUCGAAAAGACAAAGUUACAAAACGAACUCCUGAAGUUCCUGAUAAAUGCCAAACCCCACUGAAAAAAGAUACUGACGACAUAGCAGACAGUGAAGAAAAGGGUCCAGAUAUCAUUCCAGCAAACAUAAACACUAGGCAGCAUUUUAUAGUUAAUGCAUGUAUCGAUUUGUUUACAGAGGAUCCAAAGGAGCAAGUUUCUCCUGCAAAAUCUGGAGCAGUAUGCCAUUGGGGAUCUCCUCCUAGACAAACAAUCUUAGAAACCAUACCUGUACAACAAUGUGCUCCAUUCAGAAGGCAGGAAGACGUAACCUAUGCAGAGCUGGCAUUACCCCUGGACCAACAAACAGCUGCCACUAUGACGGUUCGAAGAAAAGAGCCACCCACAGAGUACGCCAAGCUGGACUGUCAGCGUCAUAUCCACCCCUCGAAACUGGGGGACGACGAUGAGGAAAUCGGCAGCUGUACAUCUUGCGACACUCCUCUGAUGAAAAACAAACGGGAAAGUGCAGUCUGAAGCAAAACUUCACAUGUUAAGCACUAGAGAAAUAUGUGACAAAAGAAUUUCUGAUGGACCGACGGCCCAUGUAUUACAGAAGUGCCGAAUUUAGAUAUUUGCCAUCGGGGCCCUUGAGCUUCUGUGGGUCUUUCACCGAGAAAAUUGGAUCACGACCCUCUUUGUCUUUGUUCCGUUGUCAACCAUAAAACAGGAAUGGCAGUGUCAAUUAACUCUUUUUAUAUUGAUGAGGAGCUUCAGAAGACCGGAGGUGUUAGAGCUUCUGACCAUCAUAUUUGAUGCAUAUCUGUGAGUUUUACAAGAACAGAAUCAUUUCGAAGACAAAAGAACUUUUUUUUCCAUGCUCAUUUAACCUGAGUUUAUUUUCAGUCUUAAGGUUCGUAAACCAGCUUGACAAUUAGCACUGAUCCGCUGGCUUCAAAAUAUCUACCGGAAUUUAUCAACAAUUUGCGCUAGCUUUCAAUCUACCAUUACAGAUCAUCAACCAAUUAAUAAGAUUUCGUUGCAGGUUCGAUUCUCAAUAGAUUCAAAACUGAAGGACCAGUGACGCUGUAUUAUAGAAGCUUCCUCAAGAUGUACUGUUUCCGAAACAGUUCUUUCUUGGAGCUGGGUGGUACUUGUUAACGCUUAACACGUGGUCACAUUAUAGGACGUAUUUUUAUAGAUGCGAACUGUUAUUGGUGUUGCACAUCAUACUCAAAGUUAUCAGUAUGGUCUCAUAAACCAUCUUUAAGGAUGAUAAAAUUACCGGUGCAAGACUAUCCUGAUUCAUUUUCUUUGUACCAUUUUGACUCGAACUCUCUGUGUUUACUUGCGCAGUGUCACUUUUAUAAUAAUGACUCUUUUUCGAUAUCGAGCGCAAGACAUUAUUUCUCAGUUUUGUUUUUUCUUAUUAAAGAGCACAUGAAUUUAAAAAAAGCACUCUCGAUUUUUUAUCCGACUCUAGACGUCGUGGUUGGACUAUGUCGUUUAAAUUAUCUUAUUUAUUGUAUUGUAAAGAAAGGAGAAUCUUUUGUACAAAUGUGUGUAAAUCAAUGCAAAUCCUGUGAUUAAUAGUAUUUCAAAUUGGAGCCUAACUACGAAUUCACUAAUCGAUCAUGAGUCUUUAUAUUUCGGGAGUUUGAGAAACGCAGUUUAAGCAAAGUAUAAAUAUGUAAAUUACAAGUAUACAUUAUAUAUAUAGGGAGUCUAUGGAAGAUGAAUUCGAUGUAAAUAAUAAGUUCGUUUAUCAUUCCAAACACUUUCAGGCGUUGAGGAAGACAAUCGAAGAAAGAGCACAUAGGGAAGUAUUAUUACUGAUUUCGUUUAUUUUCUUUCCUUACAGAAACUGUUUUUUGAAAGAGCACGUGAUUUCGUUUGUGUGAAAAUAAGUAUUUAUUUCUAUGAUUGUUAUCGGCAGGCUUGUAUGACAAAGGCUCAAAUGACUAUGUUCAUAAACAUAAUGUUGAUGUCCUAUUAUAAA